CUCGCCUAUCCCGUCGCCGGCGGCCGCGAGAACGACGAGGAGGGCCGCCUCCCUGCCUCUCUCUCGUCGCCGCUCGUCCACCGCUGCCUCUCUCUCUCCCUCUCGCCGCCGCCGCUCGCCUCUCCCUCUCGCCACCGCCGCCGCGAGGACGACGAGGAGGGCCGCCUCUCCCGUCGCCGGCGUCCACUGCCGCCACUAUCUCUCCCUUUCUCCCGUCGCCGCCCGUCGCCGUCCUCCCCGGCAUCCUCCGCCUCACGCCGUCGCCGGUCGGCGCGCGCCGUGCGAGCAUGCGUCCGUACAUCCCCAAGCAAACCUUCGCUUUCUGCCACUCCCUCCUCUCCUCGCGUCUCCUCCUCCCGUCCGCCGCCGCCGCCCCCACGGCGCCGGCCCUACCCGUGCAGGCGCUACUCACCACCGCCGGCCUCCUGCCGCGCCACCCCGACCUCUCCCUGGUCGCGCUCAACUCGCUCCUCCGCGUCCUCUCCCGGCGCGCCUCCUCCCCGGCCCACCCGCUCCUCGCGCUCCGCCUCCUCCUGCUCAUGCUCUCCCCCGCCUCUCCCCUCCCGCCGCCCGACCACCUCUCCUUUCCCUUCGCGCUCUCCGCCGCCGCCACCGUCUCCCCGUCCCCCGGGGCCCAGCUCCACGCGCUCCUCGUGAAGAAUGGCCACUUCCCCUCCGACCACUACGUCACCACCGCGCUGCUGCAGCUGCAGCUGCACGCGGCCCGGCCGGAUGACGCGCGAAGGGUGUUCGACGAAUUGCCCAGGCGGGAGGCUAUACAUUACGACCUGGUGAUCGGCGCGUACACGCGCACGGGGAUGGCGGGCGAGGGGCUGGGGGUGUUCAGGGCGAUGUUUGUGGAUGGGGUGGCGCCGGACGCCGUUGUGCUCACGACGGCCAUCGCGGCAUGCGCGCAGGCUGGCGCGCUGGAGUGCGGGGAGUGGGUGCACCGGUACGUGGAGGCGAGCGCGCCGUGGCUGCUCGGGGACGCGUUCGUCGGGUCGGCGCUGGUGAGCAUGUACGCCAAGUGCGGCUGCCUGGAGCAGGCGGUGCGGGUGUUCGACGGCAUGCCGGAGCGGAACGACUACGUCUGGGGCACCAUGGUCGGCGCGUUUGCGGUGCACGGCAUGGCGGAGGAGGCCGUGUCGUGCCUGGACAGGAUGGCGAGGGAGGACGGCGUGCGACCGGAUGGCGUGGCGGUGCUUGGAGCGCUCUCCGCGUGUGCGCACGCCGGCAAGGUGGAGGACGGGCUCAGGCUGCUCAAGGAGAUGCGCCGCCGGUAUGGCGUCGCGCCGGGGCACGAGCACUACGCCUGCACAGUGGACAUGCUCUGCCGUGUCGGUCGGCUGGAGGACGCGGUGGCACUGAUCGAGACAAUGCCAAUGGCCCCGCUCGCCUCCGUCUGGGGCUCCGUCUUGACCGGCUGCCGGACAUACGCCAACGUGGAGCUGGCGGAGGUGGCCGCCGCCGAGCUCGGCAAGCUCGGCGCCGACGAGGGUGUGUAUGUGCAGCUCUCCAACAUCUACCUCGACUCCAACCGGAAGGACGACGCGCGGAGGGUCAGGAAGCUGAUCGGCAGCCGCGGCAUCAGGAAGGUCCCCGCGUACAGCGCGGUGGAGGUCGACGGCGUGGUGAGGUCGUUCGUCGCCGACGACCAGGCGCACCCGCAGCGCGUGGAGAUAUGGGAGGUGCUCGGGCUGCUUGCCGACCAAAUGGGAGAGGAGCCGGACGAGGAGGAGGCCAUGGCCGCGCUCUCGUGACAGGGAGAAUCGGAGAGAAGUAGGUAGCCGAACUGAUUUUUCCCUAGAGGUUUUAUCAAACACAACUGCACAAAGAGCUGAGAGCCUGAGAUAGCAGCUGGUAUUUAUGGAGGAAAAGAAUCUAGUGGGAGCUGAGGUUUAUCAACACAUUACACAUUGAUCUCAGGCCAUUAGAGAAGAAGGAAGAUAAUAAGUAGGCUCGCUGAUGCUGUAAUGUAUGAAUAGUUCCCUAACAUCAGAAUUUAGAGAGGGAACAAGAAUUUUUGUUGCAAGAACUCACACUUUUUUGUUUGCAUGCCUUAGCUUCAGUUUUGCACCGUAA